GCAAAGUACAAGGCGGGCUUUUCUAAUCGACAAUAACAUAAUUAAAGAGAGAGAGGGGGAAGGGAAAAGGAAAGAAAAGGAAAAAAACCCUCUUCCCUUCCUAUUCCGGCGCCGCCUUCCACAUCUUUCCACUGGCCGCCAGUCUUCCUCUCUUUGCGCAGUGGUUCCAAUCGGAUUGUGAGUCCUCCAUCAAGGAUAUCCUAUCUCAUCCAUGCCCUCGUCGCCUCACGCCGGACAGAUUCUUUCUCCCUUUCCCCUUCCUCGCACAUGUUCUUAUCUUCUCGCCUAUUGACUGCCUCGAAGAGCACAGGUGCUGCCUUCUUCUGUAGAAGUUGUCGGUUUGAUACUGGAACUUUUGGCAAAGUGAAUACUUUUACUCGUUGUCUUAGAGUUCUGGCAAUGGAGGGUUCAAAUCGUGCUGCCCAUUUUGAUUCUAAGAGGAGUUAUCAAGUUGUUGUUGCUGCCACCCGCGAUCUGGGUAUUGGGAAAGAUGGGAGUUUGCCAUGGAAGUUGCCAUCUGACCUGAAGUUUUUUAAGCAAAUCACGGUUACAACUUCAGAUCCCACAAAGAGGAAUGCAGUGAUUAUGGGCAGGAAAACAUGGGAAAGUAUUCCGCCACAGUUCAGACCUCUUCCUGGACGGUUGAAUGUUGUGCUGACUCGUUCGGGAAGUUUUGAUAUUACAACAUCUGAGAAUAUCGUUGUAUGUGGAAGCAUGGAUUCUGCUUUGGAGAUUUUGUCAACAACCUCGUAUUGUUUGUCUAUUGAGAAAGUGUUUGUCAUAGGAGGUGGCUCAAUACUAAGGGAAGUGAUUAAUGCACCUGGAUGUGAAGCCAUUCACCUAACAGACAUUGAGGCAUCCAUUGAAUGUGAUACUUUCAUGCCUCCAAUAGAUUCUUCUGUAUUUCGGCCAUGGUACUCAUCCUACCCCAUGGUGGAGAAUGACAUCAGAUAUUCAUUUGUGACAUACGUUCGGGCACAAAGCUCAUCUACUGAAGUUCAUGUUUCUACUGAUGGGGAUAUGAAUGGUGGCCAUUUAGCUAUGGAUAAAUUUAAUGUUCAGGAUUUCUCGUUUCUUCCUGAAUUUAUAUACAAAAAGCAUGAAGAAUAUGUUUAUCUUGGACUUGUUGAGGAUAUCAUACACAAUGGUGCUCAGAGAAAUGAUAGGACAGGGACUGGAACAUUAUCUAAAUUUGGUUGUCAGAUGCGAUUUAACUUGAGGAGAUCAUUUCCAUUGCUGACAACUAAGAGGGUCUUUUGGCGAGGUGUUGUGGAAGAACUUCUGUGGUUUAUAAGUGGUUCUACUAAUGCAAAGGUUCUACAAGAAAAGGGAAUUCACAUAUGGGAUGGCAAUGCAUCAAGAGAGUACCUUGAUAGUAUUGGCUUGAUUGAUAGGGAGGAAGGAGACCUAGGACCUGUAUAUGGAUUUCAAUGGAGGCACUUUGGUGCUGAAUACACUAACAUGUAUGCUGACUAUACUGGAAAAGGAUUUGAUCAGUUACUGGAUGUAAUAGAUAAAAUUAAACAUAAUCCAGACGACCGCCGAAUAAUUCUAUCAGCAUGGAAUCCUUCGGAUCUUAAGAAAAUGGCUCUUCCUCCUUGUCAUAUGUUUGCACAAUUCUAUGUGGCUAAUGGGGAAUUAUCAUGCCAAAUGUACCAACGGUCUGCAGAUAUGGGUCUUGGUGUGCCAUUUAACAUUGCAUCAUAUUCACUUUUGACAUGCAUGAUUGCUCAAGUCUGUGAUCUCUCUCCUGGAGAUUUUGUCCAUGUUAUUGGAGAUGCUCAUGUUUAUAGAACUCAUGUAAGACCUCUGGAGGAACAACUUCAGAAGCAACCCAAACUUUUUCCGGUUCUAAAACUUAACCCUCUGAAGAAGGACUUGGAUUCGUUUGUUGCAUCUGACAUCAAGCUUUUUGGCUAUGCUCCCCAUAACAAGAUAGAAAUGAAAAUGGCAAUCUAGAAGCUGUAUUUCUUUCACUACAAAAGAAGCUGAUUUCAGUAUCCACCAUCAUCUUUCUUUUAAUUUCUUGUUUUUUAUUUUUAUUUUGUUAAUGAGGAUGUUUUGUACUACGUAAUUUACUCGUGGACGACUACUUGUUUAUCCUAUUCAAUUGUCUGAAGUUUAAGCUUUUAUGGAUGUAGUUGCCAUAUAAUUAAAUUAUGAUCAAAUCCACAAGGGCUUUUAUAUUCUU